AUGGAAUCAAAUUCUGUCAUAAUGACUAAAGCGUUAUGUAUUCGGGUUUCAUAUAGAAGAGAACAAGCGCCUUGGAUACUUUUCUGCAUUCCUAUGUCCAAUAAAUCCAAGUUAUCGUCUGAGCAAUUAAUUGCAUGUCCGGUCUGUAACAAGACAAUCCCUUACUCCUCAAUCAAUGCGCAUUUAGAUAGCUGCGCGACUAGCAAUCACAGUACUGGGAAGCAACCGACUUUGACAAGUGUUCUUGGGGGCAUAAAGAAGAGGAGGCGUAAGGAAGCAGAUGCAACAGUUAUAGAUUUGGAUGCAGAGACAUCGAAUGGAAUUCCACCAGGUAAAUCGGCAUUUCCUUCAGAAGAUACCCAAGAUUCCAAGAGAGUGAAAAAAGAAUCCUCAAACAACAGCAAUACGUAUGAAUUACGACACUUGCAGAGGAUCAGUCAUCUGCCGUUAAGCGAAAAGCUGCGACCCAAAGAUAUACGUGAAUAUGUUGGUCAACAGCACAUUCUUUCCCAAGAAAAUGGAACUCUAUUUAAAUAUAUCAAAGAGGGUAUUAUACCGUCAAUGAUUUUAUGGGGGCCGCCUGGAGUUGGAAAAACUUCAUUAGCAAGGCUACUAACGGGGACAGCGAGCAACAAUGGUGUGACAUAUCAUCUGGUCGAGACAAGCGCAACAAAAGCGAAUACCCAGGAACUGCGUUCAAUCUUUGAUAAAGCGAAAAAUGAUUAUCACCUAACAAAGCGAAGGACGGUUCUAUUUAUUGACGAGAUUCAUCGAUUUAAUAAGAAUCAACAAGACUUACUGCUGCCGUACGUUGAAAAUGGUGACAUAGUAUUAAUUGGUGCAACGACAGAAAAUCCUAGUUUCCAAUUGAAUAAUGCUCUUAUUAGCAGAUGCCAUGUAUUUGUAUUAGAAAAACUGAACACGAAUGAAAGUUGUAUUGUAUUAUCGAGAGGUGUGGCGCUAUUAAAUAGAUUGCGAAAUCAUGUGUGGAAAGUGGGAAAACCAUUGAAACUGUCCAGAGUAGUGCUGGAAUACAUAGUAAAUCUUUCGGUAGGAGAUAUCAGAAGAGCAUUGAACUUGUUAGAGAUGAUAGAAGUUUCAACUAGAACAAUUCAAGAUGGAAAAGAACUCACAGUUGAUGAAGUAAGAUCGAUUCUUACCAACAAAAGCUCAGAAGGAAUCAGUACUUACUAUGACACUAGUGGAGACAAUCAUUACGACACAAUAUCUGCAUUUCACAAAGCAAUAAGAGGCUCUGAUGAGAAUGCAUCAUUAUACUAUUUAGCCCGAAUGCUGCAGGGAGGCGAAGAUCCAUUGUAUAUUGCUCGUAGAAUGAUCAGAAUUGCGAGUGAGGAUAUUGGAAAUAGAGAUAAUACACUACUACCCUUAGCAGUAGCUGCACAUGAUGCUGUGAUGAAAAUUGGAUUGCCAGAGGCAGACUUGGCUCUCGCACAAUGUUGCGUAGCCUUAGCAAGAGCUCCAAAAUCUGUCGACUUGUAUCGCGCUUGGAAGCAACUGAAAUCUAUGUUACAUGAAAACACAUAUAGCAUGGCAUCUAGUGAAAUCCCGUUGCAUAUCAGAAAUGCCCCAACUGAGCUAAUGAAAGGAUUAGGGUAUCAUAAAGGGUACAAGUACAACCCAGAUUACAUAGAUGGUAAGGUCAAGCAGAGCUAUCUACCAGACGAAAUAAUUCGUCAAUGUGAAGACAAAGAAGAUCUACAAUUCCUUAAAGGGCAGCAUUUAGGGACCAAGAGAGAUCCAGAUCUCGAUUAUGAUAGUUUAUGA